AUGUCUGACUGGGAUACAAACACUAUUAUUGGCCAAAGAGCUAGAGCCGGUGGAUCAGGUCCAAGAGCCAAUGUCGCAAGAACCACUGGCCAAAUCAACGCAGCAAGAAGACAAGGUCUUGUCUUGUCUGUGGACAAGAAAUAUGGAUCUUCUAACACAAAGGGUGACAGUGAAGGUCAACGUCUAACCAAAGUGGACCGUGAAACUGAUAUCGUCAAGCCAAAGAAGUUGGAUCCUAUCGUUGGGAAGACCAUCGCUAGAAUUCGUACUGAAAAAAAUUUGUCUCAAAAGGAUUUGGCCACUAAGAUUAAUGAAAAACCUACCGUGAUUAACGAUUACGAAUCUGCUAGAGCUUCUCCUAAUCAACAAGUCUUGGGUAAAUUGGAAAGAGCAUUGGGUGUCAAAUUGAGAGGUAAAGAUAUUGGUCAACCUUUAUUCGGUCCAAAAAAGAAAUAA